AUGCGGGCAAUUCUGGCAGAGCCUUUCCAGGCAAAUUAUAGCAGCUGGGGUACCUUGUUAAACAGUUUAAGAGGCCUGUUCGGGGCCUUUGAAUCUCUACAUCAAAGAGAGGCCGAAGCAUGGCUUCUGGGUCCACUUCUACUUCUUGGUCACAUUAAACAAGGUUUGAUGAAUUCAGGGCCCCACAAUGAUCAAAAGCAAUCUAGCCCGCACAUCAAGUGGCUGGACCAUGAAAUGGAAGAGGUCGGUCCAGGUAAUGCGAUCCAUGUAGCAUUUGGUUCCCAAUCAUAUAUGACAGACGUUCAGAUGGAGGAGAUUGCUCUUGGGUUGGAGAAGGCAGGGCAACCGCUCAUUUGGGUGGUCAGGUCAAGUACAUGGAUCCCACCAGUUGGAUGGGAGGAAAGGAUCGGGGAAAGAGCGUUUGGUCGUGAGUUGAUGCAGAGGAAGAAGGCCAGGGAAAGGACACAAGAGUUUAUUGGUAGAAAGUCAAGGCAAGCUGUGGAGAAAGGUGGAUCAUCUGAUGAGGAAUUGGAUCAACUAAUUCAACGCCUCGUUCUAAGACUAGAGAAUUCCAGGACUUUAUAA